AUGCUGCCCGCCUGGUUCUCUGUGACGCUGGGUGCAGGUGUCCAGAGCAGCGCGCCGCUGCCCUACAUGGCGCUUCCAGAUGCUGUGCUCCAGUUCCAGUACCAGUUGUCUGGCCUGCUUGACCACACCGCCAUUUCAGCUCCGCCGGUUCGACUGGACGCCACCAACGGCAGCCUGCUGAAGAACAGUGGCCGCCUGCCGAUUGCCAGGGCUGCCGCUGCCUCAUCUGCUGUCUUCGGUUCUGAGUUGAUCGACGGAGUGGUGGCCGCCGAGAUGUCCAGCCUGCUCAAGGCGGAGGUGGGCGUGUGGAUCGGGCUCGGCGACCAGGGGCCGGACUUCUUCAGUGACGCUGAGCAACUUCUCGCGAGUCUGCGCGCCAACGUCAGUCCCACCACUCUGAGCACUUUUGCGCAAAGCGCAGUGCACGCUCUGCUGGAUGGUGGCUACUCCGACGGAACUGGGAUCGCACAGGCGGUGGCUGCCGGUGCCAGCGAAGUCGUGACCGUGCUGAACAGCUUCUCGACAAACGACCCCGCCUACGUAGCACAGCUUUUCCCCAAUGCCACUACGCCGCUGAAGCCUGGCGUGCCGCGACAGCUUUUCCCCGUUUUCGAAUUCCCCGCUGCCGCUGCGGUGGAAGCAGCUUUUGGGGCUUUCCAGACAUUGCAGCUGGCACCAGGAAGCACCUAUUUGAAAGUGUUUGCCUUCGGCUCCUUCCAGGCUGUCACCGCCGAGAACCCUUACUUUGGCACCCGCCGUGGCCGCACGGUGACCAUCCAUGUGCUGAACAUUGGAGCUGAGUUGAGCAUUGGCUUCUUCGAGAACUUCGCUCAUUAUGCCAGCCUUUUACAGGAGAUCGCGCUGACCCUGCGCGCCCCGGCCAACAAGGAGCUGGUUGAGGAGAACUUGCGGCCUCUCUUCUACGGCACGGCGGGCGCUCGCCAUGCCGUGGAUAUCAUGGUUUGA